AUAAAAUUCAAUACGUGAAAGUCUCCAAAUCUGAACAGCAAGAGUAAUCAUCAUCAUCAUCAUCUAUCCAACAACAAGAAGAAAAGUACAAUUAUUUUACUCCUCUAUUUUGUAUUGUGAAUUUUUGUUUACAUCAUAAACUCAUAUAAGAAUGGAGAAAAUAGGGAAAAGAUUUGAAGGGAAAGUGGUUAUAGUAACAGCUUCAACACAAGGUAUUGGAUUUAGCAUAGCUGAAAGACUUGGUUUUGAAGGUGCUUCUGUUGUUAUCUCAUCUCGCAAACAGGAAAAUGUAGAUGAAGCAGUAAAGAAACUGAGAGAUGGAGGAAUUGAAGUGUUGGGAUUAGUAUGUCAUGUCUCAAAUGCACAACAGAGGAAGAAUUUGAUAGAGAAGACUAUUCAGAAAUAUGGGAAACUAGACGUGGUUGUGUCAAAUGCCGCUGUCAAUCCUUCAGUUGAUGCAAUAUUAGAAACUAAAGAAUCAGUUCUUGACAAGCUGUGGGACAUCAAUGUCAAAGCCUCUAUACUAUUACUACAAGAUGCAGCUCCUUACCUUAAGAAGGGUUCAUCAGUUGUUCUAAUUUCUUCAAUUUCUGGUUUCUCGCCACCAGCUUCAAUGGGUAUGUAUGGAGUGACAAAGACUGCGCUACUCGGACUCACCAAGGCUCUUGCAGCUGAAAUGAGUCCGGAUACUCGUGUAAACUGUGUAGCACCGGGUUUUGUACCUACACAUUUUGCUGAUUUCAUCACGUCGAAUGAACAUGUGAGGAGAGAGAUCGAGGGUAAGACGCUACUCAAUAGGCUUGGAACAACACAUGAUAUGGCCGCAGCUGUUGCUUAUUUGGCUUCCGGUGAUGCUGCUUAUGUAACUGGAGAAACCCUGGUUGUCGCUGGAGGAAUGCCUUCCAGACUUUAACCUCUUGAUUGCAGUACCUCUCCUUCUGGUUUUAGCUCGCUUGGGUCAGCUUAGGAGGAUAUGCUUAUGAUGUUAUGUGAGUCUUGUGACCGGUACCAAAAGGAAGCAGGAAUUAGACCAAUAGGGCAUUGCUCUCUACCUGUCGUUACAGCAAUAGAAGUCUAUGCCGGAAUUUCAACAGAAAUUUCAUUACCUUAUUCUUAAACUCCUUGUGUAGAACUUGCUUGCUUUUUGCUCUAUUCGAUCACCUUGAGAGCAAAUGAAAGUGUUACCUGAUUAUGAUGUUUAAGGGAAA